AUCCCCAAGCCUCACCAGGCCGCCCGGCCAUGGCGAUCUCGCGCCACCGCCUGCUCUUCCUCCUCCUCCUCCUCCUCCUCCGCGCAUUCUCCUCGCUCCCCGCUCAGGCCGCAGCGAGAGGAGCCUCCGAUCCGUCAGGUACCGGUGAAAAUUUUGGGUCAGUUUUGCGCAACCUGCUCCAGGAUGAUCCCAGGAUCACGGAUGAAUUGACUCAUGGAUAUAUGAGUAACUCAGAGCUUGAGAUUGCUGUGCGUGCUGUUGGAAGUCGCUGUCCUAAUAUCUCCAGGAUCUACAGCAUUGGAAAGAGUGUGAAUGGUUUCUCAUUGUUGGUGAUUGAAAUAUCAGACAAGCCUGGGGAAAAGGAAGCUGAACCAGCAUUCAAGUUUAUUGGUAAUGUCCACGGUGAUGAACCUGUUGGAAGGGAGGUUCUUAUAAACCUUGCAAAUUGGUUGUGUGAUAACUAUUUGAAGGAUCCCUUGGCAACUCUUAUUGUGGAAAACAUGCAUCUUCACAUACUCCCAACGAUGAACCCUGAUGGGUUUGCUCUUAGAAGACGUGGUAAUGCAAACAAUGUUGACCUCAACAGAGAUUUUCCUGACCAAUUUUUCCCCAUCAACGAUGAAAUUGACUACAGACAACCUGAAACUAGGGCCAUUAUGAACUGGGUAAAACAAGAACACUUCACUGCCUCCGCUAGUUUGCAUGGGGGUGCUCUUGUUGCAAAUUAUCCAUGGGAUGGGUCUAGAGAUCAAAGCAAACAGUAUUAUGGCUGUCCUGAUGAUAAGACAUUCCGGUACAUGGCAUCAGUUUAUAGUAAGUCACACUAUAACAUGUCUUUGAGCAAAGAAUUUAAAGGAGGGAUUACAAAUGGAGCAUUCUGGUAUCCAAUCUAUGGCGGGAUGCAAGACUGGAACUAUAUACAUGGAGGUUGCUUUGAGUUAACCCUGGAAAUUAGUGACAUAAAAUGGCCAAAAGCAGCUGAGCUUCCUGUCAUAUGGGAACACAAUAGGAUGAGUAUGCUUAAUCUCGCUGCAAGCCUUGUGAAGACAGGAGUUCAUGGAAGGAUAUUUGCGGCAGAUACAGGCCAUCCAAUACCAGGCUCACUGACGAUAAAGGGGAUUGGUUCCGAGAUAAGAGCUAGUAGGACUUAUGGUGAUUACCAUCGAAUGCUUGCACCUGGCGAGAACUAUGAAGUCAUAGCAUCUAUGGAGGGCUUUAGAACAAAAGCUACACGUAUUUUGCUGGAGGAGGAAGCUGUGAGUUUAGACUUCAUCUUAGAUCCAGGUGAAGCCAGUGGAGAAGUGAAGAUGCUUCGUAACGAUUGCGGUUGUCUAUGUGGCGAUGACAGGUUGUUUCAUAUGCAUGGAGCUCACCUUGAGCUAUAUUUAUUUGUUUUUCUCAUUAUUAUUGCACUGUAUGUUCUCUUCAAGAGAAGAACAUCCAAAUUCACCAUUCACAGACACUCACCGAGACGGCCUAUUGCUGUAUAAAAAUAAAAAGAAAUUUUUCGUCAAUACAAGUAUGUAGCUGAUCCAAGCUUAUGCAACUUUAGUUCAUACUUCACUGUUGUGACAUUUUGAGUUUAUUAAUAUAUUGCUGAAGCAACA